UCGAUUAUGGCUUUAGUUAGCACCAAUUCUUUGACCUCUCUUCUUUUUAUCACCUCAUCUUUACUUUUGCUUCUUGGCAGUUUUCAUGGUACAAAAGCUCAAAGCACCCCACCGAUAGUGAAUGGACUUUCAUGGGCUUUCUAUGAUUCCAGCUGCCCCAAGCUGGAAUCUAUAGUCAGAAAGCGCCUCCAGAAGGUAUUCAAAGACGAUGUUGGCCAAGCUGCUGGCUUGCUUCGCCUCCAUUUCCAUGACUGCUUUGUCCAGGGUUGUGAUGGUUCAGUGUUGCUGGAUGGAUCGGCAGGUAAGCCGAGUGAACAGCAAGCGAUUCCAAACUUGACCUUGAGACUUGAGUCAUUCAAAAUCAUCAAUGACCUUCGUAGUCGAGUGCAGAAAGAGUGCGGUACGGUGGUAUCCUGUUCUGAUAUAACAGCUCUAGCUGCCCGGGACGCUGUUUACCUGACUGGUGGCCCUGAGUAUGAUGUUCCAUUAGGAAGAAGGGACGGACUCAACUUUGCUACAGCAAAUGCAACCAUAGCUAAUCUUAUUCCACCCUUUGCUAAUGCAAGUACCAUCCUAACAUCUCUUGCAACCAAAAAUUUUGAUGCAACUGAUGCUGUGGCUCUUUCUGGUGCACACACGAUCGGAAGGGGCCAUUGCACUUCCUUCACUGCUAGGCUAUAUCCAAAUCAAGAUCCAACAAUGGACAAAACCUUUGCUAACAACCUUAAAGGGGUUUGUCCCACCAACGAUUCAAAUAACACAACUAUUAUGGACAUUAGAAGUCCAAACAAGUUUGAUAAUAAGUACUAUGUUGAUCUUAUGAACCGUCAAGGUCUCUUCACAUCGGACCAGGACUUGUACACUGAUGGUAGGACGAGAGGAAUUGUUACGAGUUUUGCAGUUAAUCAGUCACUCUUUUUUGAGAAGUUUGUGGAUGCAAUGAUAAAGAUGGGGCAGCUGAACGUAUUGACUGGGACUCGAGGUGAAAUUCGAGCAAAUUGCUGGGUUAAGAAUUCAGAUAACUCAUUCCUGUCUACCGGGGUUGAAAUGGGAGAAAUAGGCUUGGCACAAUCUUAAAUUAUGAAGAUGUUUGUGAAUCUUGUUUGGUUGUCUGUGAGUUUCUGUUGACAUGUUUAGGACCUUAGGCACGAAGGUAUCUGUAAUAACAAGGUUUUGAGUUUGAAAACCUGCAGUCUGUUGAAUAAUCACAAAAGUUGACUGUCUAAUUUUUCUUAAGAAAUUACACUAUGGAUCUGUAAUCUUCUUGAACUUUUAA